AUGGCCUCAACGAACCUCCCUCGAGCUCUUACGAGCUCUGCCUGGCGUGUAGUUACCGGUAACCCAUUGGCGACCCCGCGCCCCGCGGGGUUUCUGGCGCAACGAUGCUAUGCGACGCGCGCGAAGACAGCAACCACUUCAACUACUGUUGCGACUGCCGCUGCCCCAAAAGCUGCGACUGUUACCUCUGCAGCCAAGAAGACGGCGACGACGACAACGACCAGAAAGAGCGUCAGCACUGCGGCAACCACAGCGAAAAAGAUUACAACCACAACUGCUGCUGCGCCCAAGACGAGCACGGUUGUGAAGGCCACAAAGACAGUAAAGAAAACUGCGUCGGUUGCCCCUGUGGCAAAGACUACGACAACUACAUCCGCAGUUGCUUCCAAGAAGACCGUUGCGGUCAAAACACCUGCUGCUGCGAAAACACCUACCGCAAAGCCUGCUUCUGCCGCGGCGAUUCCGGUCAAGCGUCCUAUACCUACUACGGCCUCAACCAGCUCAAAGGCAUCUGCAACUGUUCCAAGCCCUGCGACUCCGCCGCUGCCGUCUAGUCCCAAGUCCCCACAGACAGCUACUGAGACACGCCCUGCCGCUCCGAUGUCACCUUCGCCUUCGAUCCCCGCGACCAAGGCUGCUCACAUGCCGAAACCUAGCAGCAAGGAAUACCAAAAAGCAUACAAUACCGCGGCGAGGAAAUGGACUGCGACCAUGGUGGCUAUGCCCAUCUUGCUUGUCACCUCAUACUUUCUCUUCGAUAGACUUGCUUUGGGAAACCAGCAAAAAGCAAUGCCGGACUUUGAAAACGCCAAGAGGAAGGCUGCAGAGGCGCAAGCCGACACGGCCUAG